AUGCUCAAGACGAAAUUCGAGUGUUUUCCUAAAGGCGAGCGAUUCAUAUCGUUCUUGGAGGAUUUCCUCGGCCGUGGGAUCUUCAACUCCGACGGUGAGGUGUGGUGGAAACAGAGGAAAACGGCUAGCUACGAAUUCAAUACCAGAUCUCUCCGUGACUUCGUUAUGACCAAUGUCUCCGUCGAAAUCAACACUAGACUUGUUCCGGUGUUAACAGCCGCUACAACCGCCGGAAAAUUGAUAGAUGUUCAAGACACAUUGGAGAGAUUCGCGUUUGAUAACAUCUGCAGAUUAGCUUUCAAUGUAGAUUCCGGUUGCCUCGGAGACGACGGAGCCGCCGGUGUCGAAUUCAUGCGUGCCUUCACAACGGCGUCGGAGAUCAUUUCGAAACGGUUUCAAUCGUUGGUUUCGUAUUCAUGGAAGAUCAAAAGGAAACUGAACAUUGGAUCAGAGAUUCUUUUAAAAGAAUCAAUCGUGAUCGUUCAUAAAUUCGCAGACGAAAUCGUGCGUAACAGGAUUGAUCAAGGAAGAACAAGUAGCAAGAAGAACGAAGAUUUGCUUUCUCGGUUUAUCGGCAACGAGGAGAUGAAUUCGCCGGAGUUACUCCGUGAUAUUGUCAUAAGUUUCAUCCUCGCGGGACGAGACUCAACUUCCUCUGCUUUGAGCUGGUUCUUCUGGUUACUCUCUAUGCAUCCAGAGGUGGAACAUAAGAUUCUCCAAGAGCUGAAAUCGAUCAGAGAACGAACAGGGAAGCGAUUCGGGGAAGUUUUCGGCUUUGAGGAUCUUAAACUGAUGAAUUAUCUUCACGCAGCGAUAACCGAGUCUCUAAGGCUAUAUCCUCCAGUGCCACUUGACCAAUUGAGCUGUGUUGAGGACAAUGUAUUGCCUGAUGGGACUUUUGUAGGGAAAGAUUGGGGAAUAUCCUAUAGCGCGUACGUGAUGGGAAGGAUGGAGAGUAUUUGGGGGAAAGACUGUGAUCGGUUUGAUCCAGAGAGGUGGAUUGAUGAAACGAGUGGUGGUUUUAGAGGUGAGAAUCCUUAUAAGUUUCCGGUGUUUCAUGCUGGACCAAGGAUGUGUUUAGGGAAAGAAAUGGCUUAUAUUCAGAUGAAAUCGAUAGUGGCCGCGGUGUUAGAGAGGUUUGUGGUUGAGGUUCCGGGGAAAGAGGAGCGUCCUGAGAUGCUGUUGUCUGUAACACUUAGAAUCAAAGGAGGUUUGUUUGUCAAGAUACACGAGAGAACCUGA